AUGUAUACUUCGAUUGUCAAGGCUGUUAGGAAGACAAUAUCAGCAGAGAAGAAUAGAUUCGAAGAUGAGACAUAUGAUUUGGACCUGACUUAUAUAUGUGAGAGAGUAAUUGCAAUGUCAUUCCCUGCAGAGGGUGUCGAGAGUGCAUUCAGGAACUCGAUACACGAUGUUGCUCAGAUGUUCAAUCAGCGACAUGAGAAUCACUAUAGGAUAUUCAAUCUAAGUGAGAGGAAGUAUGAUUACGGUCUCUUCAAUGGCAAUGUCAUGGAUUGGUGUGGAUUCCCAGAUCAUCAUGCUCCACCUUUGGCUCUGAUGUUCAAGACUGUGAUCUCAAUAUACAAUUACCUUCAACAAGAUCCACUCAAUGUAGCCAUCGUCCAUUGUCUGGCGGGAAAGGGUAGGACUGGCACGAUAAUAUCAUGUCUGUUACUCUACGCUGGUUUGUUUGACAAUGCCGAGGAUGCCAUGCGUUACUUUGCCGUCAAGAGAUCAUCAAACAACUAUGGUAUCACUGGUCCCAGCCAGAUCAGAUACACUCAAUACUUCUCCGACAUCUAUCUUGGCAAUCAAAUGCCCGACCAAGAUUCCCUCACUCUCAAGACCAUCACUAUGCACUCAAUUCCAAAGUUCUCACUUGGACCUCUUAAGAAUGGAGUGUGUCCAGUGCUCAAUAUAUACUCUGCUACGACUAGGAUUCGACUGUUCUCAUCGGCACCGAUGGAGGGCGACACGAGUGAGACGAGGACUUAUGCCGCAGGCCCAGCCACUCUGAUGUUCGAGGUGGGCAUCGUGGUGCGUGGAGACUUGCUGAUUGUAUUCUCGCACAUCACUCCAUUCUAUCGCACCGAGCAGAUCGCUCGGUUCAACUUCCACACGGGCAUGUUCUCGCGACCCCGUCUUGUACUAUACAAAUCACAGUUGGAUGGCGCCGACGGCGACAAGCGCUUUGCCAAUGACUUUCAUAUCACCGUUGACUUUGACACGCCCAACAAACCCUUGACAGAGGCGCAGUCACUAUUGUAUCAAAAGGAAAUCAAGAAGGAGCUCAAAUGGAUCAAUCACGAGAAGAAGAAGUCGACGCCACGCAACGGGUCCAUCCUCUUCUAUCCCAAGAACAACUCAGAGAAGAUCAAGCAGGCCAAGGACAUUGCGUCACGACAGGGCUCAAGCGGCGUGCACAGUGGGUUCUUGAUCAAGAAGGGACACAACUUCAAGAACUGGCGACGCAGAUGGUUCGUGCUCAAGGAUGGCCAGCUGGCAUACUACAAGUCGCCCAAGGACACAGUGCCCGCUGGCGCCAUCCCUAUCGCAGAGAUUGAGUAUGUGGUCGUGUGCGAUGACAGCUUGGCCAAGGAGGGCUACUCCUUUGCCUUCCAGGUGGUCACGUCCAAGUCGAUCAACUACAUCAUUGCCGCGGACAAUGAGCGCGACCUUGAGGACUGGGUGGACUGUCUCAACAGCGCCAAGCGAAUGGCCAAAGAGGCCGGCCGUCUAUUCAUCGAGAUAUUGGACGUCAAGUACUCAAUCAAGGACGAUGUGAUUGAUUUGCAAUCGAGCUCAUUGCAAAAGGUCAUACCCAUUGGCGACAGGUCAGACGUCGACCUCAUCACCUACCUCACACUGACAAUGGGCAAGAAGCGCGACGUCACAACAUACGAGUCGGCCAAGUUCAAUCCACAUUUUCAAUAUGCUGGUGACUUCAUCGUCUAUGACCAACCAUAUGAUCUCCACAUUGGGUUGUGGUUCCGAUCGUCAAUGCUCGAGGUACCUGACACCCUGGUCGCAGAGUUGUACAUACCAUAUGCACAGCUACGCGAACAAUCCUUCAGGACUGAGUACCGCAAGUUCAAUCGUAUCUACACACAGUUCAUCACCAAUCUCGAGUUGAAGAUUGGCAUGGCAUUCAGAGCGACAGAGGACUUGAACCUUGUAGAGUCACCAGGAAGCGGUCACAGUAUUCCAAUGGACAACCUUUCAAAUACGCGCAAGCUUAGCAAUGGAGCCAGCUCCUCAAGCCCACCUGGCAAGCUGUUCUUUAGCCACUCGAUGAGCUCCCUUGACAUCUCGAAUGGAUCAUCACAUACCCAAACACAGACCCAAACACAGACCCAGACACAGACCCAGAUACAAACACAGACACAGACACAACAUAUAGAUACGACAGAUAGACAUACAGAGACAGAGACAAUGGUACAGAUGAUACAACAUGGAUCACCAUUACGUGAACCUCUACCAAUGCUAGAUUCAACAGAGAACUUAUUUAUUGAGAAUAUCCAGAGUCAGCUGAAUGAUGUUAGUGACGAAAUGGAUGCCAACGAACUGAUGCAUGAAUUCGAGAGAGACUGUGUCACUACUGACUAG